AUGGAGAAAAAGAUAGUGCGCAAAGGGCCGCUGCCUGGAGGUCACCAGGGCGCGUCUGGAGCUGGCGCUGGACGCGACAGCAUGCGGGCCGCCAGCCGAGCGCGGGGUGUUGCAAGACCACCUAGCAGCCCCCCGCAUCCAUCAUCCCCACCAGAAGGCUUGGUGUCGGCUGGGUCUUCUCGGACUCAGCAAGCGGCACCCGCCGCUGGUGGAGCACGUCGCAUGCGUUGGUCUAAAUCAAUGAAUGAAAACGCACUGCGGGCGUAUUUUAGGGCAAAAGGGGAAGAAACUGGAUGUUUGGCGUAUCGGGCUCGGAUGUAUCGCUUUUUUGCAGAGCUGGAGCCAUCUCUAUCCGUCACUGAGCAAAACCUGGCAGACCGAGUUAGGUACAUCCUGCGCUCCAACAUAUUUGGUGACGCCGAACUCGAGCGACUACGACGUGAGGCUAUUCCUUCAUCGAAUGGAAAUGCUACGGCUGGGAAUGCGGCGCCACUAGAUGCGCAACAAACUGCAUAUGUGGAUGCUGCCGUCCACAUUCCAUUUGUGGCUAAUUCAGACGAUGAUGGAAUAGUCUCCCACGAACUAGAGAAAAUGAGGAGCAUAUUGGAAGAGUCGAUGCUGGAAACGCGCAGCAUGCCUCUCGAAAAUCGACCGCGACUUCCCCGCAUACCCCUUAGCAAGCGAAAUCGGGCUGUCGUGCGGGCUCUUAACCCAAUGCUGGUGACCUAUUUGGAAGCCAGCCGGGACCUUUGCGAGACGGAUUCAAUUCUUUUUGGCGCCGCACUGGCAGUAUGCCGUAUUAUUGGCGCCAAACUUCCCGUGGCUGGACGUGCUACUCAAAAAAGUAGCGCCAUCCCAGCCUGGAGAAAAAGAAUUGAGGACCGUAUCGCAAAGGCAAGGGCCCUUAUCGGCAGACUGACAAGCUUCAGGUCGGGUAAUAAUAGACCGAGGACUAUGCGCACCGUUAGGAUGGCGUUUGCCGGGACAAAUAUCAGUUUGUUCCAGCCGGAUAUCACGCAAAAACUAACGGAGCGUAUAGAUGACCUGAAGCAAAAAAUCGCUGCUUGGGGGAAGCGGAUUCGACGAUUUAGCGAGAGGUCAAGGCGGUUCAACCAGAAUCGUCUCUUCUAG